AUGUACCAAAUGCAAAGUAUUUUGACAGCAUGUUUUGCUCCAGAUACCAAACAUACAGACGAUUGGUUCAAAAACCAAAGCACACAAGAACUUUUGAGCGAAGCACAGCGAGACCGACUUUUUUCGGGGUCGCCUAAAACUCAUGAAAAUCGUAAAAAUUUGCCAAAUGGUUUGAGAGGUUGGUAUGUACAUAGACUUCUUGUAAAUGCUGUUGCAAUGUGGGCUUCGCCUCGUUAUGCUUGGUAUAUUUACAGACUUCUUGACGAAAUUCAUAGACAAGAACGUGAAGAGAUGGAAAAGAAACUUCAUGCAAAAGAUGAAGUCAUUGAAGCAAAAGACAAAAGCAUUCAGAAAAGAAUACCACGUUCGGUACCAAAAGGAAAGGAAAAGAACUAUAAGUAUAUGAUUUAUACUGAAGAGAUGGAAAAUGAAGAAGAC